AUGUUGAGUUCAUCACAAAGCAAUGUACAAAGUCCGCAAAGUGAAAAGAGCUUUGCUUCUAUUGACCUGUCAAAUGAAGAUGACGAGACUGUUGCUAAGAAGAUUGAUGAAAUUAGACACGUAUUUAUACCUCUGAAACAGCAAAAUGAUGGAGAAAAAAUGAUAAUAAUUAUACGUGUCAGUAUUCAUGACCCCUACAAGCAUAAAAUAGCUAAUGUUAUCAAGACAGGUAAAAUGAUAUUAGACGUCGCUAUAAAAGAUAAUAUGACAGUUUCAACGAUCGGAGCGAUUGUAAUCUUCGAUAUGAGCAAUGUCACUUUGGGCCACGGUCUUCAAAUGACACCAAGAGUGGUACAACGACUCGUACACUCUUGGCAAGGAUGCUAUCCAGUUAAAAUAAAUUCCCUCAAUUUCAUUAACGCGCCCAUUUACGUUAAUGGAAUUUUAAACCUAUUUAAAAGCUUUAUGAGUCAUAAAAUGCGUACAAAAGUUAAUGUCUACUCGAAGACCAGUGAAGAUCUUUUUUCAAGUAUUCCUAAGCAGCAACUGCCUGCCGAGUACGGUGGCUUUGCUGGAAAUUUACAAAGUUAUAUAAGUGAGUAU